AUGGAGCAGAUGGAGGAACAUUCUCGGUUUAGUUCUUGGCUUACUUUAAAAGGUAUUGUUUUUUUUUGUUGGCAUCCACGCGUCGGUGCGUGUUUUGUAGGGCUUGGCGAGUGCCAGCUGAGCUCAAAACUCGAAACUCACUUGCUCCACUUGCGAGUCACAUGUGCUAACGGAUGUCUUGUUUCCCGCUUGUUUCCCGCUUGUUUCCCGCCCGCUUCCCAUCCGCUCCCCCAAACGCCCCUCACGUGCUCGCUUACCCGGCCACCCGCAGCCCCGUCAAAAACCAUAAAAUUUAAAAAGAAAAGAUCCAGCGCCACGCGAUGCCUGUCUGAUAUAGAGACGCCACCGCAUCCAAACAACCGCCCACGCCAGCACCAAGCAGCCAGCAGAUUCGCCACCCCCCCCAGCUCGCACACUGCCUGCACAUCCCACCUUACUCGCUCACCACACACGCCCUGUCUGCCACCCCCCCCAUCGCCUCCUCCCUCCGACAACGCCUUCCCGUCGCGCGCUGCCAGCCCAGCAGAAGCCCUGCUGGGCUCGUCGUCGCAGCACGUGCCAGCCGCCCAGCCCUCGUCCGGGCUGGACCACGAGCUGGCCUCCAUCGUCUCGUCACUGAACUCGCUGGCUGCGCCCCAGCCGGCGCCAGGCCGCCCAUGCCACGUGACGCGGUCGCUGAACUUUCCAUUGCAUCCGGCACAGCCGCCGAUUGUGCAGCUUGCACCUCAGCCUGUGUAUGCAGGGUCGAAUGGUAAUGGUAAUGGUAAUGGUAAUGUUAGUGCAAACGCCAACGCUAUGACAUCUGGCACAGCAGCCUCCACCUUGGCUGUCCCCAAUGCAAGUGCAAACCCUCAUGCCACUGCCUCCUCGGUAGCCAGCACCAUCCCUCAACGUGCCUUGACUCCAGUAUCAGCCGUCACGGCUCCCAAUAUCAACUACUUCUCAUCCACGGCCUUGCCACAAAACGCUCAGCCGGCUAAUGGCUUUUUUGAAAGUCUGGGCCAAUCAUUGGUCGAUGGGACUCGUGAAUUGGAAAAAUCAAAUAACCAGCAGCCAUACGUCUACCAUUCGCCAACUUCGCCAUGGAACGAAAAAAUCCCGGCAAACAUGAACCUAAGUACCAGUCCUACAGCCAUGCCCGGCGUCAUGCCCGGUGCCUUGCCCAACGGUAAUCCCAACGCAUUCCCUAACCCUUAUGUGUUUUUCGAAAGCAUGUACAAAGGCGGUAGCAACAACACGAAUAAUGACUCUCCAUCGAAUUAUAAGAAAGACCGCAAGAAGAACAACUCUGCCAUCUUGAACCAAUUACCCAAUGCUGCAAGUGCAAAUGUAAAUGUAAAUGCAAAUUCAAAUGCAACUGCAACUGCAACUGCAACUGCAACUGCAACCGCACAUGCCAAGAAGUAUCUCCAGAUCAAUCCAUAUCUGGAGCUGCCUCCAGAUAUGGAAAAACCCAUUGCCAAGAAAAAGGACUCCUCUUCCAAGAACAAGCAAUCUUUAAAUCCCAACACAAACGCAAACGCCACCGUGUCUUCCUCGUCCUCCUCAGCUCCUUCACAAACCAGAUCGCAAUUGUUGGAAGAAUUCAGAAACUCCGGCAAUAAUAACAACUCAUACACCUUGACAAGUAUCUUGGGCCACACACUGGAAUUCUGCAAAGAUCAACAUGGGUCUCGUUUCAUCCAACACCAAUUAUCCAUUGCCUCCCCCUCCGAAAGAGAAGUCAUCUUCAACGAACUAAGAGACCAUAUCUUGGAACUCACAAACGACGUCUUUGGCAAUUAUGUCAUCCAGAAAUUCUUCGAAUUCGGGUCAGAUAAACAAAAGGAAAUCCUAUUGUCGUUUUUCAAAAAUAAGAUCCUCAAACUAUCCACCCAAAUGUACGCCUGUCGUGUCAUACAAAAGGCACUCGAGUUUAUCAACUUGAACCAAAGAAUAGCCUUGGUCAUGGAACUUUCCAAUAAUAUCCUCCAAAUGAUCAAAGAUCAAAAUGGGAACCAUGUGAUCCAGAAAUCAAUAGAAACCAUCCCGAUCAAAUUCUUGCCCUUUAUAUUAAAUUCUUUAAUUGGCCAAAUUUAUCAUCUAUCCACUCAUGCCUAUGGUUGUCGUGUUAUUCAAAGAUUGUUGAAAUUCGGCACUGUGGCUGAUCAAUCCAUCAUCUUGGAUGAAUUACAAAAUUUUAUCCUCUACUUGAUCCAAGAUCAAUAUGGUAAUUAUGUCAUACAACAUAUCUUGGAGACAAACCCCAUGUCCAAAGAUUCAUCUAAAGAUGCAGAUGCAGAUGCAGAUGCUUCUUCUUCUUCCAAAGAAAUUUCUCCUGCAACUGAUAUGGCCACCGUCUCCGACUUAUGUCCCAAGAUGAUUCAAACAAAACAAGAAAUUAUAGAAAUAGUAUCAAACAAUAUAGUAGAAUUCUCAAAACACAAGUUUGCCUCCAAUGUCGUCGAGAAGGCCAUCGUCUACGGCAAUGAACCCCAAAGAAAAUUGUUGAUGUCCAAGAUCUUGCCUAAAAACGAAUCCGAAGCUUCCAAUCUACAAGAUAAUUCUCCAAUGACCUUGAUGCUAAGAGAUCAAUUUGCAAACUAUGUAGUACAGAAACUAGUAAUUGUAUCCAAGGGCAACGACAAAAAAUUAAUCGUCAUCUCCAUCAGAUCCUACCUGGAUAAAUUGAACAAAUCAAAUUCAUUGGGAAAUAGACAUUUAGCAAGUGUUGAAAAAUUGGCUUCCCUAGUAGAAUCUGUAGAAAUAUAG